AAAUGGCUUUUUAUCGAUAGGGCGAAAAAAUACCAAACAAAUUCUAGUAUUUUUAAAUUUCUGGUAACACCUAGAGCUGGGAAUUCCAGAACCUAGUGUGUUUUCUCUGUAAAAAAAUCAGGUGAAACAAGUUAAAAUAAAAUUAAAAAAACAAGGUGAAGCAGAGAGUGUUGUUUUCUGAUGGUUCUUGAGUGGUAAAAGUUGAAACCAAUUUAAGUAGAUAAGAAAGGUAAACUAAACUUCUGGCAGGCUGGUCAAACCGGCAGGAGAAAAUAAAAAUGGCCUUAUGUGAAAUGCCUAGUCAUAGCGAGAGCUGUCCAGUUGACAGUUUCUGCUAAAACCGACACCGCAAAUCUACAAUGACAAUGACAAAUGGCAGUGAAAAUCAAAAAAUUGCAGUUCUGUUUUAUGCUUAUUGUGUAAAUCUGUGAAAAAAAACAGGUGAAACAAGUGAAAAUACAAUUAAAAAAACAAGGUGAAGCAGAGAGUGUUGUUUUCUGUUGGUUCUUGAGUGGUAGAAGUUGAAACCAAUUUAAGUGGAUAAGAAAGGUAAACUUUAGGCAAGCUGGUAAAACCAGCAGGAGAAAUGCCUACAGUCAUAGCGAGAGCAAUAUAUAUGCAACAUGUGGCUGUCCAGUUGACAGUUUCUGCUACAAAUCUAAACAAUGGCAUUGACAUUGGCAGUGCAAUUUUCUGUGUGACCGUAGAAACGAAUUCUACUAAAUUUCUGGCAGCAUCUUCCAACACUGCAAAUAGCUGAUAAUAUACACAAAAUAUUCCAUCAACCUGCGUUUGUUUUCACGUUAUUUUAUAAUCAAUCCAAUAGAAGGAGUCCUUAAAAUAAGCAAAUCUUGUAGAAAGUUGAGUCAUCAAUCGGAUUAUGUAAGAUGCUUAGCGCUGAAAGCUCUAUGCAGCUAGUAACAUUACACCGAAUAUCAAAACUGAGGAAUAUGAUAGCACUGUACGCUGGAUACCCUGUCUAGGUCAGACACCAUUCCAGUAAAAUUUCUGCCGGCAGCAAACAGCUGAUGAAAUCCACAACAAAACGCAUUUCUAAUAAGUACAAUUUAACUGUGUUAAAUAUUGCCAUAUUUCGCCAUGGAGACGCUAAACGUCGAUUGUGUGUGCCAUAUACUGGAGUACCUGCCACUGGUGGAACAAAUAAAGAUGUGCCUACUGCCGCCACGCAUCCGGGAGCUGCUCUGUCUGAUUGUGUGGAGGAAGCCACCACGGUAUCGGAAUGUCUCCGUGUCGGAUGCCAUGCUGAAGCCAUUGAGCAAAGCAGACUGCAUCUAUUUCUUUGAGCUGACCAGCGCCGUUAUGGAGGAGCUCUACAUAUGGAAUGUGCAUUCAAAGGCAUUCGAUUCGUACCUGGUCGCCCGUGAAUGCUCCAUUCAGAUUGAGUACUUAAGAGAGAUAUUGGAUCAGCUGUCGCUGUCCCAUCUAAUACUCACCGCCAACAGACACCAAGUGGCGGGGACUAUCCUGCCGAGUGCGAGGGCCAAGCGUCUCCAUCGCCUGGAGAUAUCCGAUGCCCAGGACUAUGGCUUUCUAUUGGCGCUGCCGCAGCUAACCACGCUGGUGGUCAGCUACCACAAGGUGACGCCCCAAGAUCAGCUUGGUAUGUUGGCAACCACAGCAGACCGGUUGAGGAUUCCUUCAGGUUGUAUUGAAUGUGUGGAAGUCGCACACGAGCAGAUAGCGGCGCUCGAGAAGAGCCAUCCCUGAAAUACACCAAAAAUUAAGUGA